AUGAGGUGGAACCUGAGGCUCCAUGGAAUUCCAGAGCAGGCGGGUGACGACAUAACAGGACAUCUGUGGAACUGUCAUUCCCGAAUCAAAAGCCAAACUUCAGGAAAAUGUGGACAUUGUUCAUCGUUUGUGAAGACUCAAGGAUCAAGACAAGAGUCCGAGGACAACCAUCAUCCGGUUCACCAACAGAUCUACACAGGCUCUUCUCAUGAGGCGAGCAAAGAACUGUGAGUUCCUCAUCAAGCAAAAAUGUUGGUUCACGGAGGAGCUGACCUCUGCGGACAAAGUGCCACGGGAGAAACUUUGGCCGAUGGUGGCAGCAGCUCGAAAGGCAGGGAAAGCGGCAUUCUUUGUAGGUGCAAGAGUGAUCAUCGAUGGGAAAGAAAUGCGGCCAAAUCAGAACAUUUGA